AUGCUCUUUCUUGUGUUGCUGAUGGUGUCGCUGUGGGGGGGAUCGGCUUUGCCCGUCGACACGACCCAGCCGGAAGUGUACUCGCCCGUGCAGCUGUCGCAGUACUGCAAUGCGGCGGACAACUACUGCUACUACGUCGACCAGAUCCAUCCAGGCACCGUCCGUGCCUCGCCCUACACCGCCACCGACGAACAGGGACAAUUUUUGCUUCGACGCGAUGCCUACCUCCAACAUCCGUACCGAGUCUGCUUCGGCGGAUGCUGUAUCCUGCUCGACUUUACCACGCAGCCCGGAUGUGUGCAUAUGCAGUACGUCGCGCGUAAGAGUGGUCAGAGCGGUCAUUUGUUGGCCAGAUUCGCAAACCAGCCGCAAAAAGUGCUCGGCCCAAGAAGCUUUAUGCCAAAGCACCUUGUCGCUUGUCCUCAAGAUGGAUUGCCCGUACCCUACGCUGUGAUCGCAGCUAGAGGUGGAAACACCACCAUCACGGGCCAAGAGGAACGAAAGCUUCAAAUCGAUCCAGUACAGGAAAAGACGCACACCAACAAGCCAGAUUUCUUCGACGACGUCACGGUCCAGCUCAUCAACACCUAG